AUGAAUUUUCAUCUGUUCGUUCCACCGAAGGAGCCAGUCAAUGAAGCUGAGAUUACUCCAGCUGAGACAGAGUCUGUAAUCAAUAUUUUCAAGCAACCGAAUAAUCAAACGCCCGAACAGAUGGAAGCAUUUAUUAAAGAAUUACAGUCAACUGCAAGGAAGCCUCCCCAAGCAGUUUCUGUUACUGUUAGAUCUCCAUCUGAGAGUGAUAAAGACGAACCAAAUUCCUCCCUGGUACCAAUGAAGCGAAGACGGAGAGACCUAAGGCCGGUAGUGCUUAUCAUUGAGCCAGUACAACAAUCAGUUUCUAUAGUUGAACCAGCCCAGGUUCAUGAAGAUGUUCAAAGCCCAAUCAUUGAACCAGCCUAG